AUGGCAAGCGUCAAAAGGCAAUUGGACCUCAGGACAUCCCCGCAAUCUUCUCUGCUCUACAUUCCAGAUCUURUUCCAUUGGAUUCUCCUCCACAAGUACGAUGUCCCAAGAUACAAAAAAAACUUAAAGCAGUCAACAAAGGCAGAAAGUUCGUAGCGAAGCAGAUUGAAGUGUUGGAAUCUGCCUUUGACAUCAACCAAUACCCCACACCUCAAAGAUACGAGGCCCUGGCGUUAGCUCUGGGAGUAGAAAUUAAAAAAGUCCAGACUUGGUUCAAGAAUGCCCGUGCCAAAAAGCGACAGAUGAUACGACUCAAGGAAACCGCUCACACAGAACAACAGUUACAAAGAUGGAMACGAAGAGCAGAGCUUCGAAGAUCUCUCAACAGUACGCCUGCUGCAACGACCCAUCCCACACAGAGCGGAAACAGCGUCCUUGCCAGUACUGAUCCAAAGCUGAUCCAUAUUCAAAAAGACUUGGUUUUGCCAGAGCAGAUGUUUGUGGCAAACGAACAGACCAGCCACACAGUACAAAGAGAUCGCGCCAGAAUAAACUUAUUCGGCUCUCAAGCCCAGCCUAGUUUACGGACACCAAACUACGUACAAGUGACUCCAGCUACAAGACCCCGCUGGGGCUGCUACGCGCCUGUUCAAGAUUUCCCGCCAAAUGUGUUUGCAGCGAAAGAAGAAACUGCYGUUUCCCAAUCAACAAGUGCAUUCUUUGAUAGUGCUCUUAGAAGGUUGUUAACACCAGAUAUAUUUAAUACUAUGGUUUUUGAUCAAAGGUUGAUUUGA